AUGAAUUUGCAGUUCGACGAGUUAGAGACAAAUGGAGAAUACGUGGCAGUGGAAAGCGGUCCAUUCGUGAAUGUUCCAUAUGGGCAGAGCAGGUUUACGUUGAGGGGAAAACGCUACAACCCAAUAAUUCGUGCUCCCCAACUCAUUCCAACAUUCCUAAACUCUGCUGAAAGUAUGGAUAUAUAUUUGAAGAAAGAGGGAUACGGAACAAUAACAGGUCUACCCUAUCCAUUCGACGGAAUUCUAUCAAGGAGUCCAAGUGCGUCGAAUAUUCAAAUUAAGCACUUGCAAUCGCAUAUUCCACCGUUGAAAAUUGGCGGAAGCAUGGAACACUUAAACGAGUUGGGUACCGCUUCAUGGCUCGGAAAAAACGAGAAAUGGAUGAUGGGAGAGCGUGUGAAAGUGGAGACGCAGAUGACAGGAGCUGCUCAAAAACAAGAAGAACACAUUCCACGACUGGAAAUAAAGGAUACGGAUGGAGGAAGUACGACUGCUUCGGAAGUUGUGAGAAAAGAGGGAAGAGGAGACAAGGGGGGAUCGAGUACCAAGUUGCCACGGUUGCUCAACUCGAAUCGCAGUUUUAAAAGGAAUUCCAAUCAAAAACCAACUUCCGAAGACACCCGUCCUCCACCUGAAAACUUGCCACCUAUCGAUCAAAAACCAAUUUCUCAAAACAACAUUCAACAGCAACUUCCUCUUCAAAAAGACAACGAUACCAUCUCGAUAAAAACCGAAGAAGAGGUCAUCUCAAUUCUGAAACCCGAGAAAACCACUACAGAAUCCGUGAUAACUUCGAAAAUCUCUCGUAAAAACGCACCGAAAGACGAUGAUGAAGUGAGGUUUCAUAGGUCUUAUCAAGUCACUCAGACGACGUAUACAACUCGGAAUUCGGAUGAAAAUAAGGAAGGAGUUCAGGCGGAAAUGAUGGAGAAACCACAACAACAGCAACCACAGAAACCAUCUGAGAAUUCUGAAGUUUAUGAGAAGCCACCACCUCCAAAACCUGCUCCAAAGAAUCAAUCGAGACCCUCAGAGAAGCCGGAGAAGCCGGAGAAAAAGGAGCGUGCCAAGUGGUCGGAGAGCAGUUUGAAACGGGAAAAAUCAAUGGAUAAUUUGAAGAAAAUGAAGAAGGAGAAGUCGGUGGAUAAGCUGGAUAGAAUGGAAAACUCUGAGAAAAACGAAGUGUCGAGGAAAAGUGAAAUGGGGAAUAAGGAGGAGAAGACGAAGGGGAAUUUGAAGAAGUUCGAUGUGGAUAUCAAUGAGAUUCCGAUUCGAUACGAGGGUGCAGGAGGAGGUGGUAGAUCAAAUAUUGGUGUGAGGAGUGAAUCGAAAAUCGUAACCAGCCGUUCCACUAUGCACCUAUUUAUUGAUGAUCUAGUCGGAGAAGAUGAGUUGGAUGACGUCAUCGAGAGAGCUCAACUGUGGGAUAUGAAUCGACGACGACAGAAGAUGCGUCAACAGUGUACCCAGACGAGUGGAUCCAUUUAUAGAUCAAUUUCCGCGCCACGUCGUCGAGUCGUACUUUUUGAUCCAGAUUUUGAUUGA